AUGCUCCCCACCAUGAACAUCUUAGGCGACUGGAUCGUUAUUUCGAAGCUCCACAGUCGGGGCCGUGGCAUGGAAGUAGGCGAUUUGGUAAACUAUCUCCACCCCGUCUAUGUUGGCUCCGGUGAGCGUGUUGUCAAACGGAUCAUUGGCAUGCCUGGAGACUUUGUCGUGGCGGAUCCGGUUGGCGCACCAGGGAAGAUGGUGCAGGUUCCUGAGGGCCACUGUUGGACAACUGGUGAUAAUCUACCCUUUUCUCAUGACUCGAGAAACUAUGGGCCGGUGCCGCUGGCUUUAAUCCGAGGUCGGAACGAACUCAACCUUGUGAUAUCGAUCUCCUGUUCACACCACUACCUUAACGAUUUUAGAUCCUAUCGACUCCUUCCCGAAUAA